CGUUACGCGCGCUUCCUCCUCCCACUAUGCGCGCCAAAGUUGCCCACUUAAACUCAUUUCAGGCAGCAAACAGGAGCUGUAAUCAAAACUAGCAGAACCUCUCACUAAUAUUUUCUCACAGUUGCUUCAGAGAACAUUUCAUGCUUUCCUCUGCUCAUCCGUCUGUUGGUUUUUGGUAUCCACUGUAAGAACUUUUUCUUCUGCACACUGGGCAUUGUCCACUGGUGCGUGUUUAUGUGUGUUUGGAUUUCUUUUUAGAUCUUUUGGACCUGUUACAGUUUCCACGGCACAAACAACAUUGGAGCUUUCUGUGUGAUUGAUUACUUUUAAUUGUUAGUGUGAGUUUAAAUUGUUUGGGAGUAGCUGGAAUGGCUACUUUCCCAGGAACAGUUCCUCGAAUGAUGCGGCCAGCACCAGGCCAGAACUACCCACGAACCGGAUUCCCAUUAGAAGUCUCGACGCCUCUGGGUCAAGGUCGAGUGAACCAGCUCGGUGGAGUUUUCAUCAACGGAAGGCCUCUGCCAAAUCAUAUUCGACACAAAAUAGUGGAAAUGGCCCACCACGGCAUUCGACCGUGUGUGAUCUCCAGACAACUGCGGGUCUCACACGGCUGCGUGUCCAAAAUCCUGUGUCGGUAUCAGGAGACCGGUUCCAUUCGUCCGGGAGCGAUAGGUGGAAGUAAACCGAGGCAAGUUGCAACACCCGAUGUUGAAAAGAGAAUCGAGGAAUACAAACGCGAGAAUCCAGGGAUGUUCAGCUGGGAAAUCCGGGAUAAGCUGCUGAAGGACGGGGUGUGUGACAGAGGCACGGCUCCUUCAGGUGAGGCCUCUUCCGUUAGCUCCAUUAGUCGGGUUCUGAGAGCUCGUUUUGGCAAGAAAGAUGACGAUGACGAGUGUGAUAAAAAAGAUGAAGACGGAGAAAAGAAAACCAAGCACAGCAUCGAUGGGAUUCUCGGGGAUAAAGGUAACCGUACGGACGAUGGUUCAGAUGUGGAGUCGGAGCCCGACCUCCCCCUGAAAAGGAAACAGAGACGCAGCCGCACCACCUUCACGGCGGAGCAGCUGGAGGAGCUCGAGAAGGCCUUCGAGAGGACACACUACCCCGACAUCUACACUAGAGAGGAGCUCGCACAGAGGACCAAACUGACCGAGGCUCGUGUACAGGUCUGGUUCAGCAACCGAAGAGCAAGGUGGCGCAAACAAGCGGGAGCAAAUCAGUUGGCAGCAUUCAACCACUUGUUGCCCGGAGGCUUUCCACCAACCGGCAUGCCAACCUUACCCACCUAUCAGCUUCCAGAGUCAACGUAUCCCACCACCACUCUCUCACAAGAUGGUAGCAGUACUUUGCACCGGCCGCAGCCUCUGCCGCCCUCCUCCAUGCACCAGGGCGGCCUCUCGGCUGACAGUAGCUCUGCCUACGGCCUCUCAUCCAACCGCCACACCUUCUCCAGCUAUUCAGAAACUUUUAUGAGCCCGUCAGCUUCAAGCAACCACAUGAAUCCCGUGAGCAACGGCCUUUCGCCACAGGUGAUGAGUAUUUUGAGUAACCCCAGUGGCGUCCCGUCCCAGACUCAGCACGAUUUCUCCAUCUCUCCUCUCCACGGCAGUCUGGAGGUGUCUAACCCCAUCUCAGCGAGCUGCAGCCAGCGUUCAGACCCCAUCAAGGGUGUAGACAGUCUGGCCUCCUCUCAGUCCUACUGUCCCCCCACAUACAGCGCCACCAGCUACAGCGUGGACCCCGUCACUGCUGGAUACCAGUACAGCCAGUACGGCCAGACUGCUGUGGACUAUCUGGCCAAGAACGUGGGUCUGUCGACUCAGAGAAGGAUGAAGCUGGGCGAUCAUUCGGCGGUGCUGGGACUUCUGCAGGUGGAGACGGGACAGGCUUACUGAGUCUGACCACUACAAACACCCCUUCACAUGCUCUCAGAUGCACAACCAGCUGGAGUUCUUUACAGCAUCAGCCGGCAUGAGCGUGAGAGGUUUUUCUCUGAUUUUCAAGACAAGAAACUCUUGCCAUUCCAUCUGACGCGACCUUCUUGUGACUCUGUGGGCUCUAACUCGGACAAAAGGACCAUGCUGUACUGCGACAGACGCCCUGUACUGCGAGAAUGCAUUCCGAGCCAUUUCCAAAAUGUACUUUCACCUCGCUGUGCAUAGUCGUGUAUAAAUCUCAGUGUAAUUACAACGGAUAAUCUCGCUUGUUUUCUAUCGAUAUUGUUAUUACCAUUGCCCUUACAGUUGUUGUAAUUCUGAUUAUCGUAACUAUUGUUUCGUUUCAUUGAUUUAAGAUCCACACGUACCAUUUUUUACUAAUUCAAACCCAAGGUUUUUUACGUGAAAUGCUAACAGUGAGCUAAAAAGGUGGAUCGAGUGUGUGUGUUGAAAGUGUGACUGCUGGUUUAUCACUUUCAAGCCGUAACGUUCCUGAGCGAUUUGACCUUCUCUGCCUUCAUAUUUCACAUUCCAUGCAAACUUGGCCAAUCUGUGGAAAGUCUGACUUUCUGCUGGGAAUUAGCAGUGUUUUUAGGGGACCAGCGAUUUCUCCCUCGCUCAGAUGCCUGUUUUGUCCUCAGCGAUCAUCUAGGGGAAAGAAAAUGACAUUGUUUGGAUAGAGGAUUUAGAAAGUUAUCAAUUUUAUUCUUUAAUUUUCUAGAGAGAAGCCACACUUUGCCCUCAAACUAGAAGAUAAAAAAAUUAUAGUUUCAAACAUUCAUAUUAUGUUUUUGAGUUAAGAAAUGAAAACAUUUUACCAUUCCAUAUAGAUAAUAUAGGCUACACUAUGCUUUUAUUAACUAAGUAAAUUGUUUAUUGUACAAGUGAAUUUUAGACCAAGUACAAAAGUGUUUUAAAGUUUGGGGUCAGUAUGAUUUUUUAAAAAUUUUGAAAAAGUCUUUUUGAUCAAAAAUGCAGUAAAAACAGUAAAUAUUAUUAUAAUUUAAAAUAAGUGUUCUCUAUUUGAAUAUGUUUUAAGGUUUAAUUUAUUCCCAUGAUGCAAAGCUGAAUUGUCAGCAUCAUCACUGCAGUCUUCAGUGUCACAUGAUCUUCAGAAACCAGUCGUGCUGCUUAAUACUUCUGUGUAAACCAUGAAACAAUUUCUUUCAGGAUUCUUUGAUGAAUAGAAAAUUCAAAAGAACAGCAUUUAUUUAAUAUUAUAAAUGUCUUUACUGUCUAUUUUCAUGUCAAUUUAUUGCAUCUUUACUAAAUAAAAUGAUACAUUUAUUUUAAAAAAAAUCUAACUGGCCCUAUACUUUAGACAAUUUAUGAUAAUUUCGACAACAUUCCAUAAAAGUAUGCCUAUGACCAGAUUACAGAGGUGACCAAUCAAAUAAUCCAUCUCUGCCUCUUUCUCUCUUUCUUUCUGGUUUUCAUUUUCUUUAAUUUUCAAUAACACACACCAUGGCUCCUGUAUUUAAGAUCUCGUGCAUUCACAAGUUUGUACAAAAAAAAGUUGUGAAAUUUCAACAUUUGUGUAGCACUCACAGGUGACAUUUUGACACAUAGAUGGAACUGUACAGUAGAUGAAGCAGAUUGUUUAUUGUUUGUUUAUUAAGAAUAUGUUUUAUACUAAAACAGCAAAGGUGUUGUGUGGUAGAUUAAGCAGGGGAUAUGUGUAAGUCUUAUAUUGUAAUUUUGUGUUUAUAUUUACUGCUUUUGUUUCUUUGCUUUCAGUAGUUAUUAUGUAUCAUUUUUUCUUAGGAUUCAAUGUGAGAAGCUCUCGAUGAAAGACAGUCGCACUUAAAACUGAAUGGAAGGUGGAUCAUAUUGCUUAUGAAUCCUAGCUUCAAAUUUGCUCUGCUUAAGGAAGAGCACAUUCGUGGAUCCAUAAUAAAGACUGAUGGCUCAUUUAAUGGACUGUGGGAAACACAGCAGUGUUUGGUGCUAACUGACUGCUUCUGACUCCUUUGAGUGAAUUCCUCAACGAAUCUUCGAGUGAACGUUUCACUGGAUGCAUUUAAGGCAAAAAGAACUCUAAAACAAAACACCUGACCCAACCCCCACCCCCUGCCCUUUCAACUGUCGAUAUCUUUAUCAAAUGAGCAAUGAAAAGACUUCUAGUAGCCUAGAUCAUUCAUGGCUAACUCCUUUGUUAAUCAACAUUUGGAUAUUAAAAAUAUUACCCAUCAUGCCCCUCCGGGACGUCAAACUGGGCGCCUGCUUUCGUUAGCAUUUGUGUUUAUGCUUUCCUCCCAUUUCCUUUCAGCAUGUGUGUACGUUACCAUGGUAUAAUUUAUUCUGCUGUAUGAAGUAGUAGCUUUAGUGGGAACCUUGUAUUUGCUAUUUACUACCUUCAGCCUGUUGGUGUCUUUACUGUAACACUGGCGUAAAUGUUAUCAAUUAAAGAUCUAAAACUGACAUAAGGCUCAAA